AUGGCGGAGCAUCUGGCUCGCAUCAUAGGGACUGAGGAGGAUAGGGUGAAUUGCCCGUUCUACUGGAAGAUCGGUGCCUGUCGGCAUGGCGACCAGUGCUCGCGGUCACAUUACAAACCAACAUCCUCGCCAACAAUUGUCCUCCGGCACAUGUAUCCCAAUCCUCCGGUGGCAGUCGCGAUCGCUGAAGGGCAGAAUGGCAAGCAGAUCCACGCGGAAUUCACUCCUGUGACGGACUUCCGUGAAGCUCGUUGCCGGCAGUUCGUCGAUGGCCAAUGCCGCAGAGGUGGGUACUGCAAUUUUAUGCAUCUCAAACAUGUUCCUCGGUCUUUGAAGAGGAAGCUCUUCAAAAAGAUGUACGAAGACCAUCCUGACUAUGGAAGGAAAAGAUCACCCGGACGCAGAAGAUCACGAUCCCGGCAGCGGUCUCUUUCUCCCAGGAGACAAGGAAAGAGGCGUUCCCCGAGCAUUCAAAGGCCAGAGCGUCAGACGAGCGAAGAACGGAGAGCGAUGAUCGCAAAAUGGAACGCUGAGCGUGAAGAAGGCAAUGGGUGA